UUGUGAGCAGUUUGGUAUAAAUUUCAUUUUUUCUAUUUUCAAUAGUUUUGGACAUUCCCUGAUUAGGAAUAAUUUUAUAAAAUCUUUCCUGUUAAUAUUGUAAAGAUUUAUUGUGCCAAGUCCAACCAGAAAAUUAAACACACUUAGACAGACUGGCCUUGUACCAUGGUUGAAAAGUAUCUGAAAGUACAGGGCAUUUCAAACUGCACAGUCAAUGGAUCAUCUCCAAAUUCUUAUUACAAAAUACCACAAUACUUGACCAUGCAGUGAGUGAACUAGGGUACAGUAACUAAUCUUGAAUGUUUUACCAUUAGAGAAUUAAUCAUUAUGAAGAAAACUUUUCCUGUUAUGUUAUAGGACAGCUUACGGUUAAAUAUGGGUAAUGCAGUCAGUAAUGGACUGUAACAGGGCGGGGUUGGCACUCAAAAUUGUAAUUUUGUAAUUAGGUCUUUGAAGCCUAUUAGGAACUGUUUUCAGUCUUUCUAUUAGAAGGGUAAUGGGUAUUAAAAUACUAUCCCUGCACCUAGGUCACAGGAACUCAAGUUUCCUACCCAAAAUUGCAGUUUUUAAUUACAAAAGCAUUGCCGUACAUGCUUCCUUGCUUUAGUGCUACAUUAAAAAAAACCCUUAUUUCAUCCAAUCUUGCUUAUUUGGAGAUAUAUUUAUAAUAAUACAAUGGUGUAUUAUAAAGUGAAUUUUUCCAUUCCAGUUAAGACAGUCUUCAGAAAUGAUUUUUUUUCCUUCUCUGAGAAUAAAUCUAAUUACUCUUUUUUUUUUUUCCCAGUAAUUUUCUAUUGCUUCUGUGAAAUUCUUUUUUUCUCCAUGAAAGUAAGUAAAGUAGAAUUUCACUUGUACUGCUUUCAGUUAUUAAUACAGAAAUAGAGUAUAUAAACUCUUGUGGUGAGAAUUCAAGUCAGCUGCUUAUUCUCAGAGAAGUUCCUCAUUAGAGUUGAAUUUUCAGAAUUAUGUUACAACAGUGGAAAUUAAUUUACAGUAUUUGGUAAAGAAAUUUCUUAAAUGCAAUAUCACAUAAUCACAUUAUUUUGUAACUAGGUUGUUAGACCCCAAGUCUGGGGCCACGUAAUUAUACCCAGUUUACACCCAAAAACUACACAAAAGGCAUACAAUACAAUUAAUGCACUAUAUCAAUUGAGUUGCUUUAUGAAUCAGAUUGUUGGAAGCAAACCUACUCAACUGCAUUUAACAGGAUGAGAUGGGGAAAGAGCAGAAGUAAAAUUGCAGAACUAAUCUUACUGUUUGUGCUGCAGCUUGUGCACCCAAAAUGCUUUUGGAGAGUUACAGGUGACUUCCAACAGCUCUGUGAAAACUGCCUCUGUUUUGACAGAAUUUAAAGCCAUGGGAAUAGAAAAUAGUGAGGAGUUCAGUAUUUAAUUCUCUGUGCUCUCUGGUCCAUGCCUGGAUUCUGGUCUGAGGAUCUGUCAAUUCAGCCUGGAGGGAAACAUUCCUCUCUCGGCAGCAUUCCUUUUAGAUAAAAAACCAACCAAACAAACAAAACCCCGAAAAACAAAAACAAACAAAAAUCAUUGCAUUGCAGAAGUUGAAGGAUUUAGCUCAUAUUUGUACAUAAACUUUAUAUUGACUUCCACUGCCCUAGUCCAAGUACACAUUUUUGGCUCUCUUGGUAAGAGUAUCUGAUGUUUGCAGCUUUGCUGGAAGCUCUUGUCAUAGAGUCCUAGGGGUUUUAAAUGUCAAAUGCUUGGAGUCUGGUGCUGAGGUAUUGGACUGUGGGGAGUGAAACCUCAAUGUCUUUCUUGUACUGAAGGGCCCAAACCAGAACUGAGAUAAAGAUUCUACUUAGCCCUUUUUUGGUUAUUAAUGCUUUUAUAGGCAUACUUUAUUCUCUUUUUCUGCAGUAGCCAGGUUAAUUUCUAUUUGGUCUUUAGACCCAUGCUCACCAUGGCCCUGAGUGCUUCCUUUGCCCUUGCUAUAGGCCAGUCUCCUCCAAUGCUCUCUUCUGUUUAUUGUUUUGGUUAGUUUUAGUGCCUGCAAAUACAUUUUUGCAAUGGCUUUCAGCAAGGACCUUACAUUACAUACACAGAUCAUAGAUACAGAAGCUUUAAGGCAUCUGCAAGUGAUUUUGUUAUCAUUUCCCCAAUUUUGCUAUCCAUUUCUCUUUUUGGUUCUUUUUGUACAUCUGUCUGCAUCAGUUUGAAGAGUCAAUUUAUGUAUUUCAAAGACUGAGCAAGAUAACUGCUUUUCUUGAAUAAUUUCAUGGGUAAAUUAUGCAAUGUUACACUGAAUGUAACUGAAUGAUACACUGGGGUUGUAUCCUCAUUCUUGAAACGAGGGUCAGCACUUUAGAGAGAAGGCAUUGCUGGAAGACCUUAGGGCUAUGAAUAAACUACCCAGAUUUAAGAUGAACACAGAUGAAUCCUGAUUUUGAUAAAUAAGUUAAAGCAAGUUGCUUUAAAUUUUCUUUUAUAAGACAAAGGGGGAAAAAAGGAAUUGUGAAUUCACCAAUCUGAUUACAAGACAACUGAUGACAAAAUUCAUAGAUGACGGACUAAAGCAAUUGCAGGUUCCUGGUUUAUUUUAAAUUACAUUCUUUACUCACAGCAGCACCAAUAUACAUUUGCUCUUACCAGUGGGUCCUCCCCUAACACGUGAUGUAGUAGGAAGUACUUUUUUUGGGUUUUGGUUAUUUUGUGUUUCAGAGGAGGCAAGAGAUUUUGUGCAACUUCUGAAAGAAACUGAACUUUUAACAUCAGUAAAACCAGUAACUCCCUGUCCCUUCAAAAAUCAAACUAUAUUCUGGAGUUCUGAACUGCAGUGCAUUUACUCCCACCCCUUUUGAAGGGAAUUAUUGCUGUAUUUUGCUUCCCACACUUCAUAGGUUCAGUGGAAAAAAAAAAAGCAGCAAAAGCAUGCUCUGCAUUUCUAUUAAUGUUUAGCUAAACCUGCAGUUUCACUCUGUACAGAAUUGAAACUCCUGUGCUCUUACAUGGGUAACAGCAAGUUUCUAAUAUAAAGAAGAAUCAGCUUUAUUUCAAAAUAAAAUUCUGAGUGUCUGCCUAGAUAUUAAAAUAUCUGAAGUUUGUGGGUUUAGACUGCAAGGAAGAUUUCCAAAGACCCUGUGCACCUGUAAAAAAUUACUGGUUCGGGUGAUUGGACACUGAUUAAGAAACCCACUUGCAACCAAAACAAGUAGAAACUGAGCCUCUCAUGUUCUGGUGUCGCAUGGCAGGGACAUGGCUGGGUAGUUGAAGAAAUCAGCGUACACAGUCCAGCUUGUGUCAAAUCAUUAUCUUCUUUCAUAAUUAGUUAAGCACAUUAUCUUUGCUAUAGGGUCAAUAAUAUAAGCUAUUAUAGAGUAGAAGCUAUCUUUCCUUUGUUGUGACUUACACAGUGAAAUAUCCAGAGCCGAGUAGCUAGUGUAGUGUUUGCGAGUGAAGAGUGAAGGUUUUCCUCCUACCAGAAAUUUCUUGAAUGGUCUUUCAACACACAGCAGGAUUUUAGUAAGAUUUUUGCAUUAGUUAUGGUAGCACCCAAUGAAAACCUCAGUGUUUUUUGAAAAGCAAAAUCCAGUUAUCAGUAAAGAGAAGAAGAAUCAUUCUGCAUUGCAGUACUUCUAGUAUUCAGGCACAAAGGUGAGAAAUAUAGUUCUGAAUUAAUAUAUUUGGGAAUUAAUAAGCCCUUUUUUAGGCCUUGAUUGAAAUGGCAUUGAUGCUGUAUAACUUCCCUGUUUAUGUCUAUAUGACCCAGACACAGGCAAUUUGAAAGUAUGAUUACAAAUUCUUUCCCUGUUUAUUCUUCAGGUUCCUAUCACCUGAAAUUAAUUUCUCAGCUCCACCAUAGUCAGAGAAAUUAUAAAUUGCAAUUUCAAAUGUAAAGAAAAAUAUGUGGAGAAGGAAGGUAUGAAAAAAUCCCACUAAAUCCACCUAAUAAACAUCCUAAAAAUCUGUUCUGGUGAGCAUGGAGGCUUGUAAGCAUGAAACUGUCUGAAAGAAACCAUGUUCUGUGAAAUGCUGGAUUGUCAUCAGCAUAAGUCUAUCCAUGUAGUUUUAAGCUUGGGCCCUUCUACACUCUCCCACACAGUUUUGACCUUGCUGUAUGCCAUUUCCUGUGCCCUUGCCACUAUUCUUUUUUCCUCCUUGGGUUUGUUUCCCUUCCCCAGAAUCCCAUUCACUUAAUAGACAUUUCUUCCAUAAAGUAUUCAACUUAGAACUGUCCCUGUUCUUGAAGCUAUUUUCAUCAGGAGUGAAUCUAAAUAAUAAUAAUGACUAAAAUUACAAAACUGAAUUAUUGUUAACAUCAAUAACCAACUUCCCUCUCUCUUUUCAUGCAGCUUACACUAAACAGAGGGGGUGGGGGAAAGGAGGAACUUGAGCUUCUUCAGAUCUUAGUUUAGUCUGAAGUGACUGACAUGCUUAUAUAACACAUUUUUCUCCUUGCUAAUUGAGCUUAAACUUUGUGGCCAAGUAUUUCACAAAUGUCCUUUGGAAUUCCUCAUGGCUUGGAUGUUAACCUUUUUAUGAGUAGGUCUUAUAGUUUUUAUGAUGUGGUAUUGUAUCUACCUAAAACACAGUUUGAAAUGAAAACUCUAUUCAAAAGUAGCAUAGAAGAGAGCAAAUUGCAGGAUAUAAGAAUAAAUGCACAUAGAUGUAUGAGUAACGUAAGAAUUUGUUUAAAGGGGGAAAAACAGGAGUACUCAGUUAUUUCUGUGGGGGUGGAGCAGUAGAUGAGGUGCUGUUGUUUAAAGUGCAAAUGUUUGAGGAAGUAGGUUGCAGCAGUUGUUUCACAUUCAAUUAUUUCUCAAGUUGCAAUCGAGGUGAAAAAUAGUGAUGGAGUAGUGAUUUCUGCUGUUGUCGUGAGUGAGUUAUGUCAUGUUACAUUCUCUUCUGCACCUCAGCUGAACUACUGGAAAUCACUUUGAUGCUGUUUUCUUCUGCUGUGUUUUAUAGUCUCUUCCAGCAUCAAAUCUGCCAGACCUGGAAGCACACAGAAAAUGGUAUGUCAAACUUUCAUUUUAAAAUUGUUCUUAGGUAUCUUGUACCUUGUGCAAAGAGGUCAAAUGCAUUGCCAUUUAUCUUGCUCUACAUAUUCCCAAUGCUGCUGUCAGAGGCUUGGUUUCCCAAAACUUUACCCUGUGAUGUUAAAUCUUCAGAAGGUACUGUGACAGUGGACUGCACCGACCGGCGCCUUACAGAAGUCCCCAGAGGGAUCCCUGGAAAUGCUACCAACCUUACCCUGAGUAUUAAUCAUAUUCCCCACAUCUACCCAACAUCCUUUGAUCAUCUUGAAAACCUCCAGGAGAUUGACUUCAGAUGCAACUGUGUGCCUGUCAAAAUGGGACCCAAAGAUCAUGUGUGCACCAGCCCCCUGAAAAUUGAGAAUGGCAGUUUUGCUGCCCUGACAAGAUUGAAGUCAUUGUAUUUGGAUGCAAACCAGCUGUCAGAAAUACCCCGAGGUCUUCCUGCUACUUUAACCUUGCUGAGCCUGGAAGCAAACCACAUCUUUUCUAUCCAAAAAGCCAGCUUCUCAGAGCUAGGAAACAUAGAGGUAUUGUAUCUUGGACAGAACUGUUACUACCGCAAUCCAUGCAAUGUUUCAUUUGAAAUUGAGGAAACAGCCUUCCUGGCACUGAAAAAGUUAACAAUACUAUCCCUCAAGUCCAACAACUUAACACAAAUCCCACCCAAUUUGUCAUCUACUUUAAAGGAACUGUAUAUUUACAACAACAUGAUUCAAGAGGUUCAAGAACAGGAUUUAAGUGGUCUUCCCAACCUAGAAAUUCUCGACCUAAGUGGCAAUUGCCCACGUUGCUAUAAUGCCCCAUAUCCUUGCAUUCCCUGCCCCAAGAGCUCGAUUCAAAUACAUUCAAAGGCUUUUGACUCCUUGGAAAAUUUAAGGAUUUUGCGGCUUCACAGUACCUCUCUUCAGAGCAUACCCAGCAGCUGGUUUAAAAACAUCAAGAAUCUCAAAGAACUUGACCUCUCCCAGAAUUUCCUCAUGAAGGAGAUUGGAGACGCUCAGUUCUUGAAAUUUCUCCCUAGCCUUGUGCAGCUUGAUCUGUCCUUUAACUUUGAGCUGAAGAUGUAUUCUCCCUUCUUGAAACUUUCUAAGACAUUUUCCUCCCUCUCUAACCUGGAAACCUUGAGGCUCAAGGGUUAUGUCUUUAAAGAACUGAGGGCACAAGAUCUACGGCCACUGCUCAGUCUUAGGAAUCUAACCAUGUUGGAUCUUGGGACUAAUUUUAUUAAAGUUGCAAACAUGACAGUGUUUGAAGAAUUCCCAGCUCUUAAGUUCAUUGACCUCUCAGUGAAUAAAAUUUCUCCUUCUUCAGGGGAAAGCAACUUCUAUGGAUUUUGCUCUAAUCCUGGCAUUUCAGUCGAGCAAUACAACAGGCAAGUACAACAAGAGAUGCAUUAUUUCAGGUAUGAUGUGUACGGGCGAAGUUGCCGUUCCAAAGACAUAGAGGCUUCUUCCUACCAAUCUUUAGUGAAGGAAGAUUGCCUUAACUAUGGAAAAACUCUGGAUUUAAGCAGAAACAAUGUAUUAUUUGUUAACCCUUCAGACUUCCAGGGACUUAGCUCCCUCAAAUGUCUCAACUUGUCUGGUAAUGCAAUAAGUCAAACUUUAAAUGGAAGUGAAUUCUCUUACUUGUCUGGAUUGAAAUAUCUGGAUUUUUCUAACAACAGGGUUGAUUUGUUAUUCCAAACUGCUUUCAAAGAACUAAAAUUUUUAGAAAUUCUAGAUCUGAGUAAUAACAAAUAUUAUUUUCUGGCAGAAGGUGUUACUCAUGUGCUUAGUUUUACGAAAAACCUUGCCCAUUUGAGGAAGCUGAUGAUGAAUGAGAAUGACAUUUCUUCCACUAUUGAUACAGGAAUGGAAAGUCAAUCUCUUCAAAUUUUAGAAUUCAGAGGAAAUCGUUUAGAUGCUUUAUGGAUGGAUGGCAAUGGUAGAUACUUGUCCUUCUUCAAGAAUCUGACCAGCUUGGAAGAACUGGAUAUUUCCUUCAACUCACUCAGUUUUUUGCCUCACGGUGUUUUUGAAGAAAUGCCUCCCGGUCUCAAGAUCCUCAACUUAACAAAUAAUCGACUGAAGAGUUUCAUCUGGGGAAACCUCCCCUCUCUGAAGAACCUAGUAACUCUGGACCUGAGCAAUAACCUUCUGACUAACGUUCCCCGAGAGCUGUCCAAUUGUACUUCAUCUCUCCAAGAACUGAUGCUCCGAAACAAUCGCAUUCAGCGUUUAACUAAAUAUUUUCUCAGAGGUGCUUUUGAACUGAGGUACUUAGACCUCAGCUCAAACAAGAUUGAAAUAAUUAAGAAAUCUAGCUUCCCUGAAAAUGUCAUUAACAACCUGCAGAUGCUGCUUUUGCACGGCAAUCCUUUUAAGUGCAACUGUGAGGCUGUGUGGUUUGUCUGGUGGAUCAAUCGGACGCAGGUGACCAUUCCUCUUCUGGCCACUGACGUCACCUGUGCUGGCCCAGGGGCACAUAAAGGAAAGAGCGUGGUUUUCUUGGAUCUGUACACCUGUGAGCUGGACACGUCAUAUUUGAUCCUGUAUGCUCUGUCAGCUUCGGCCAUCCUUGCCUUGAUGGUGUUCACAGUGAUGAGCCAUCUCUACUUCUGGGAUGUGUGGUACAGCUACCAUUACUGCACUGCCAGGCUGAAGGGCUAUCGGCGCUUGUCUUCACCAGCUGCUUGCUACGAUGCCUUUAUUGCCUACGACAGUGAAGAUCCAGCUGUGAAUGAGUGGGUGCUGCAAGAGCUGGUUGAAAGGCUGGAAAACCAAAAAGCCAGGCAGUUCAAUUUAUGCCUGGAAGGAAGGGACUGGCUCCCAGGACAGCCGGUCUUUGACAACCUUUCCCAGAGCAUUCAGCUGAGCAAAAAAACCAUCUUUGUGCUGACCAACAGGUAUAUUAAAAGCGGCCGCUUCAAGACAACAUUUUAUAUGGCUCAUCAGCGGCUUCUGGAUGAAAAAAUGGAUGUCAUUAUCUUGAUAUUUCUUGAGAAGGUUUUGCAGAAGUCCCGCUAUGUCCGUCUGAGGAAAAGGCUGUGCAGAAGUUCAGUCCUGGAAUGGCCAACUAAUCCUCAGUCUCAGCCUUACUUCUGGCAGUGCUUGCAAAAUGCCAUAGCUAUCAGUAAUUCUCUGGCUUACAACAAGCUUCUCCAAGAAACUGUUUAGCUCUACUCUCCCUGUCAAUAUUGUUAUGAUGCACAUGCACCUUGCUUAGCACUUUUUAGUGUGUAGCAAGUAAUGAUGCACUACCCCCUGGAAGUCAUUGAUAAGAAAAUCUCCACUUCCAGCUUUUUGUUCACUUUAGGCCUCCAGCAUCUCCUAUGGUUGGGUGAAGUGUGGGUUGACACUUGGUCAAGAUGCUAAAUACACAGAGUGAUGGAGUGUUUGGACCAUGCCUCAAGUUGCUGCUGUUCAGACACUGUUGGAAUAAAUGGGAUUUUAAUGAAAAUGUAUAGUUUCUCUACUUGCUGUAUUUAUGAAAAUCAAGAAAAUAAAUCAGUGACACAUUUGUGCCUGG